CCAUGGCCGACGCUCCCCAGUCGACGCCGCCGGCCAAGGACGCCGGCACGUUCAACUGGAACGAGAUCCUCCGCGUGCAGAACCUCAUCGAGCGGUGCCUCCAGCAGUGCAUGUCCCAGGCCGACAUCAUUGCGACGCUCCAGACGCAAGCCAACGUCGACCCGACGUUUACGCGCACCGUGUGGCAAAAGCUCGAGGAGCAAAACCCGUCGUUUUUUCACGCCUACACGGCGCAUUUGCAGCUCAAGGAGCAGAUCUUAGCGUUCAACUACCUCGUGGCACAGCAGCGCGAGAUGACGGAGAAGGGCACCCAGCCGGCGCCCUCCUUUCCGAGCACCACCAACAACAACAACAAGAGCAGCAGCAGCAACCCGCCCCUCUACGAAGACGUGCGCAAGUCCGAUAUAUUUCCAGGCUUCAAGCGCGAGCCGCUGCUGUCGCCGAUCAAAACGGACCUCGACACGUGCUCGUUCUUCACCUAGUCGAAUAGAGGUCACGUCUUCCUCCACC